UUUAUGUUAAGUAAUUAAAACCUUUAAACAAUAUGCUGCUUAAUACUAAAAUAGGCUUCUAUAAUCAAGAGGCAACAUAGCAUUGAAAAAAAAUACCCUGUCGGAAAACAACUUUCCAGCAAAUUUAUAUCUAGUGAAAUUGCCAUCUCCAACGCUCCUUUGGAUUGAUAGAUCGAGAGGCAGAGAGGUUUCAAGCCAAAGCUAAACGGAAAGCAGGCGCUUUCUCCUCCUCCCGCUCUUUGCGCGUAAAAUGGAGUUCCCCAGUGGAACCGGAAGCCAGGAGGCGGGGAGGACUGGCUUUCUCUCGCUCUAGGAGGCCCAGGAUGGGGCCGGGGAAGGCUCUCAGGAAAUAGGCGGGGUCCUGGAGAAGGGAGGAGGAAGAUGGCAGAGACCGAGGCUCAGCUGCUGCUGAGUGUGGGGCUGAUUGGUAAGCGCGCCCGCGUCCCCCGCUUCCCUGCUGCGCAUUGCAGGGAAACAGCUGGGAGGGAGCAGGAUCGCGCCCCGCUGCCUCUCUCUCUCUCCGGCCCCCGCUCCACAAAUCCCCGCUCCCCCCCCCCCCCCCAGAAUAGGCGGUAGUUCGUGCACUGAUGGAGAUGGGCAAUUUCCUCUUCCUUUCCUGCCUGCUUAGUGCCACUGGAUCGAUAAUACCCCGUAUGCCAAAUCGGGAGUAUGGGCGAAUGAUCAGAGGGCGGGUGUUUCGCUUCUUCAGUACACGGCUAUUUGUGGAGGGGAAGCUAUUCCGGAUUAAUUUAAGGCUGGGGAGUUCGUGUUUGCUCCCUUAGCGUGUGUAAGGAGUUCGUAGACCCUAUCAGGACUUGCUUUCCAUCAGCCUUGCCUGUAACGUCGCCUGUCACUUAUAGUUCCCUCCCCUGUGCUGAUGUACAAAAGAAGACCUUAUAGAUCUAGGCAUGUGAACUUGCAGUCUUAUCCAUACUGCUGUGAUUAUGAAGAUCUAGCAACUGACAUAUUUUUCUAAAUGACCCAUAUGUGCAUAUUCCUUGACUUGUCAACAUAAGUGUGGUUUAUUAAAGUCACUGUGUGUAAUGGUGCACUCCAUAUUUUUUUUAAGUCAUCUGCUUGAGAGUGCUUCUGAAACUUAGGAAAUGAGUCAGUAGUUUCAUUUGCUUUUCUUUCUUUCUUUUAGUGCCAUCAGUGUGUCUGUUGCUCUUCAGAGUUCAAGAGGGCAGGUCCCUGCCCUGAGGAGCGUACAGUCUAAAAUUCAGUACAAGGGGUGCACAGAGGAAGGGAAAAACAGGGCAGCGGUGUACAAUUGUUUUAGCUGCAAGUGCUUAGACUACAAUUACAGGCUUAGGCUACAAUCCAAAAGUCAUUUGUGCCAGUCCGGGUGUGGGUGGGUUUAGAAUUUGGCAGUGGUGUCCUUUUGCCUAUGCCUGCCAGCAGGAUCAAGACAAGGGACAUUUGGUGGGGAAGGAGCUAAAACAGCCCAGGAUCCACUGGAUCCUGAGCCAGCCCCACUGCUAUCACUUGAUGGCACUUGAUCCAAAUUUACCUGCCCCCUCCUCUGCUUUCCAUGGCAGCCAGCAUGAGGAACAGGGCUGUGGGUGUGGCACUGAUUCUUGUCAUAUUUGACCACUGACCUGGUUGAGGUUUAGAUUGCCCUAUUAGUUGCAGCAGGGGAUGGGAAUGGUUCGUAGUUUUCAGUAAUACUACUGCAGAAUCUCUACCCUGAGCACCAUAGGUCAUGACCUCAUAUUUUAAUGUAAAUAAGGCAUUUGUGUAUGUUGCAGCAUACAUCUAAAACAGAAGAAGUGAAUUAAGUUUGUAAUAGAUGUUAGCGGAAACCAAAAGCUUUAGUGUGUGUAAAAUGCAGGUGUUAAAGGUGAUUGCAGCCAACAGAUCUGAUUAACCAAUCAAUUUACUUCCUUGCUGCUGUUGGCAUUCUCACAGUGAACAUCUUUCCACCAUAGAAAAAGAUACCAAUGGAGAUACUCUGUGGGUCUGGUGCUAUCCUUCUACAACAACUGAAUUAAGGGACCUCUUGUUGAGAAAAUGCUGCCUUACAGAUGAAAGCAAACAGCUUCGCUCGUUCGCAUUUGGUCAAUACAGGCUGACGUGGUUUUAUGUUACAACCAUGGAAGUACCAGAUUCUUCAGCCUUGAAAAAGGUAGGAUGGAAAUAUUGGAGAAAGGAGCUUGAUACAGAAAUGUCUUAUCCUGCACAUCCAUUGUUAAACACUUGCUAUAAACUUACUAAUACUGGGUUUAGGAAUCCUUUGCAGGCAUGGCCUAUAUUAUAUGCCUUAGUGUCUACAUUGUUUUACAUACAGUGGUGCCUCGCAAGACGAAAUUAAUUCGUUCUGCGAGUUUUUUCGUCUUGCGAGUUUUUUCGUCUUGCGAAGCACGGUUUCAAUUUUUUCAAAAAAAUCUUCAAAAACCUCAAAAAGGCUACCACACCGCGUGCUAUGAGUUGCUCCCCGAAGUCAAGUCGCAACUGCACCUCUUCAAGCAAUGCACCCUGUAUUACUGUAACGGUUUGAAGAAAAAGGAAACAAACUUGCAAGACGUUUCCGUCUUGUGAAGCAAGCCCAUAGGGAAAUUGGUCUCGCGAAGCAACUCAAAAAACCAAAAACUCUUUCGUCUUGCGAGUUUUUCGUCUUGAGAGGCAUUCGUCUUGCGAGGUACCACUGUAUAAAUAAAUAUCAUAUUGCUCUUAAUUUUAGGUGGCCCUGGAGAGUUUUCAAAUACAUUGCCUAAUUGCAUGGCCAUGCAUAUGUUUACAGUUUCUUCCCUCCAUCCCAGUCCGUUUUCUUUUUGACUCAUGUCUUUUUAAUCUGUAAGCCUGGCUGUUAGUUUUUUUUAGUUGAUCUGAGAGCCUUUUUUUGGCUGAAGAGCAGAAUAAAAAAAUCUUUAAAUAAAUAGCGAAAACUAAAAGCCAUAUUAUCCCACUAAUACACAUUUCCACUGAAACCUACAUGGGAAAUCUGUCUAGAAUUCAUGGUCAUUAGGGUGGGGAACAAAGAGUAGGUUUUCCGUAUUAUAACACAACUGGUUUAGGCACAGCUUAUCAACCUGCCCUUUCCAGCUGCCCAUUCUUGUGCCAUUUAUAGCAGUGUUCCUAUGUACUAGCAUGUAAGGUUUGUGGCCCAUACAACUGAGCUGGAUGUUGAGGCCUUGGGUGAUCAACUGAGGCUGAGGCAGGGCUUACUUUAGAGCAACCAUGCAUAGUGUUGCACUGUAGAUCAUAAAUCGGUGGAUUCAAAACCUGAUGGCUAUUUCAAGGUGGAUUGUAAAUGAAUCUGUCACCAAUGUCAUGUUGCAGCUCAGUAAUACACUGGUACUUCAGGUUAAGUACUUAAUUUGUUCCGGAGGUCCGUUUUUAACCUGAAACUGUUCUUAACCUGAAGCACCACUUUAGCUAAUGGGGCCUCCUGCUGCUGCGCCGCCGGAGCACGAUUUCUGUUCUCAUCCUGAAGCAAAGUUCUUAACCCGAGGUACUAUUUCUGGAUUAGCGGAGUCUGUAACCUGAAGCGUAUGUAACCCAAGGUAUCACUGUACCUGAGAAAGCUGCAAAAAAAACCAACCCCAAGCCAACUCCCAAACCCUGAGCAGAUUAUCCCAUACGCAAGAAUGGGAGGUGAAGGAAUAAAGUAGCAGUUAGGAGAGUGUUCUGGAAGCAACAAAAAUAAGCAUUCUGAUGAAUGGGAAUAAUGAGGAAUAUAGAAAAGAGUGCUGUGGUUUAAAAACCUCUAUUUGCGUUUAUUAAAAUGUCUCUGCAGAUUUGUUUUUACACUUAAUGUAUGUUUGUUUAGCUUCUUCCUACCACUGCAACUCCAUUCCCUGCUUCACCUGAAGGUUUCAGGGUGGGGUAUAAAUACCAUGGGUGAUCUACAGCACCUUUACGUGGUUGAACGUGCUUUGGAUGCUAUGCAAGUGCUGUUUCAAAUGCCUAACGCUUUGCUCUGAAAAAAGGAAGAAAAAGAAAAAAGAGAUAAGACGGUCAAAUCUUGAACACACUUUUGCAGUCGAGUGAAGCAUCCUCCUCACUGCUCCAUCUUUGGAAAUGCAACAAAACUCUUAGGUCUUGUUGUGAGCUCCAAAAACAGUGUUGAACUUGCUUAUUUCUUGCAAAGGGGCUUCCCCAUCUAAUGGGUGAUUCUUUGCGUUAUCCCCCGCCACACUCAUGGGAUUUGAAGUGGAAUGGUAGAAGGCAUUUCUUAGCACUUGGCAGAUCAUAUGAACAACUGAACUGAUUUAAUUUUGUCUCGAUUUACUGUAUUUCGAUGAGAUUUGGUGAGCUGAUCCUCCUGGUGUUGCUAUAAUGUCCAUGUUUACAGUAUGGUGUUUAUAAUGGCGUAUCAAGCAACCUUUUCUUUUUCCUGUGUGUUGGAUAGGUGACCCAUUUUUCCAUUGUCCUGACUACCAAAGACUUUAACCCAGAGAAAUAUGCAGCCUUCACUAGGAUCCUCUGUCGGUGUGUAUAACUGCUGUGUUUUAUACUACAGGUUUGGUAGAUAAGUUUUUUAAAACUUUUGGUUAACUAGAAAAGUGCUCCCUAUGAAUUAGGCAGUAGAUUUUUAGUAGAUUAUUUAAUUUUGUAUUUGCCUGUUAAAAGUGCACAUCAUUUAUCUUAGAAGAUGCUAUCCAGCUUGCUGUCUCACAUGGGAGGGGUAACCUCUUUUAGGGCUGUGCGUGCAGUGUGUUCUAGCAGACACUAGCUUAAAUCAAAGAAUCGUUUUUGCACCAGAACUGAUGUUCUGUGGUGGGCAUCUAUUUGGGAUUUAUCAAUUGAAACACUGCACAGAACUGCCUUUGAAGAGCCUUCAGAAGCUUCACAGCACAGCUGGUCAGGCGGUCAGGAAGUGUCCCGAUCAUGACACUGUCUCAGCAGCACUGGCUCCCAUUGUGCUUCCAUGCUCAGUUCAAAGUGCUGGUUUGGGUCCAGCUGCCCACUCAAGCCCUCCAUUCAACAGUUGAAGACUUGUUGAUUUCCUCCCCCUCCCCCCACCCUAUAAAAUCCAUCAGACUGGGUAGCACGGUGGGGCCUUUUUGACUGCAUUGCCAAGCCAGGGAUGGGGAAGCUGUGGCCCUGAACAAGUUGUUUGAUGCUAUUUCCUAUCAAUCUGAGGUAGUGUAUCAAAUGGUCAAGGAUGAUGGGAGUUGUGAUCCAACAAUAGGUGAACUGCUGCAGAGUCCCCAUCCCUGGGCUAGAUUCUAGUAUGACUCCCAGCUAGGCCUUUGGGCUACCUCCUUAUUUGCCUUUUAGCAGCUAAAACAUGGCUUUUAAAGAUAGCAUUCAUUUUUGUUCAUUGCUGUAAUUUCAUUUUGGCUGUUUUCUUGCAGCUGUUGUCAAUAAUUCUUUAAUUCUUUUUAAAUUUUGUGUUGUAAGCUGCCUUGAGGGUCUCUGGCGGAAAGGUGGGCUAUAAACAUUUUAAUAAAUAGUGUAUUAAGCAAACCAUAGAUUGAGAAAGACAAACCUGUGUGUGAGUCUUUAAUCUUAAUUAACAGUGAACGUAUCUUAGGGCUGUUGUCCUAGAAAGUGCUGGCUUGUUUUUUUCAAUUCUCUUUGGGGGGUUUUUUGUGAAGACAUAAAAAACUUGUUUCAUUAUGUUUAUUUUUCAAGAAUAUACCUGAAAUAUGGGAGUCCUGCAAAAAUGAUGGAGAGCUAUAUUUCUGUCCUUACAAAGGGGAUCUGCCAGAGUGAAGAAAACGGAUCUUUCCUGAGCAAAGAUUUUGAUGUCAGAAAAGCUUACCUUGCAGGCUCAGUCAAAGGUGGGAAGAAUUUUUUCUAAAGCUUUGGGGAUGAUUUUGCCCCAGUCCCAAACAUGUACUCUUGGAAGUGUCAUGGGAACAGUACUAGUUUUCAGAAGUUAUUUAUUAGUUUCAUCUGUUGAAGAGCACUCAGUUGAUAAAGCACAUUCAGAUUCACUCUCUGCAGGAAUCUAGUUACCCAAUAAUGUUGUGGCUAAAACCACAUUCACACUAGACCUCUAAAGCACUAUGAUACCAUUUUAAAUAGUCAUGGCUUCCCCCCCAACAAUUCUGAGAGCUGUAGUUUGUUAAGGCUGCUGAGUUGUUAGGAGAUGCCUAGUCCCCCUCCACCAGAGCUACAAUUCCCAGAGUUCCCAGUGAAGAGGGAUUGAUUGUUAAACCACUUUGGAAAGUAUAGCUCUGGGAGGAGUAUAGGAGUCUUGGCACCCUUAAAAAAUUUCAGCUUCCAUAAUUCUUUUUGGAGAAGACAUGACUGUUUAAAAUGGUGUCAUGGUGCUUUAAAUGUAUGGUGUGAAUGUUUCCUAAGUGGACAGCUUAGUAGUACACAGAGAAAUAGUGCAGUGGGGUGAGGAGGAAACGCUAUGUUGCUCCUUAGGUUUUCACCCAAAGAUUUCACAGUUUUUGCCUCCACAGUUCUUAUAUCCUCAGUUCAGUUUUUGGCUUGCAUAGCUUCGUCUUGAUGGCAGAUAUUCUCUGCACUGCAAGGCCAACUUGGAAAGUUUUGGAGAUUGCAAGAUCAUUGCGUUAUUUUUCCGACCCCCCACCUGAAUUCCUCUAGAAUUGCAAGGCUUUUUCCAGCAAUGUGACUCGAAGGUCAUAAUCUCUGUGCUUAUCUCUCUGUCCUUAUCGCAGUGCCUUUAGGGUCUAGGCAAUUGAACACAGAUGUCCUGGAACAUGCAGUUUCAUCUCCCAAGGAAUGUUGUUUGUCUUCAACCUGAUGUUUCACUUAAAACAAUGCCCUGCUUAUAUCCAUCAACCACUGGAGCUUGCUUUUCCUGACUUGGGCCACCUUUCGAAACAUUCACUCGUCCUCUAAUUCAUACAAGUUAUAACUGCAUUAUAGUACAUUAAAAAUAGCAAGAAUAACUGUAUGCACAAGCGUAUUCACAACACCAGAUUCACUUUGCAAAAUAACAUCAAAUGUAGCGCCUGACAGAAGUAAGCUCCAUUUCCUGUUAUAAAACAACUUUCUCAUGAUCUCUCAUCCAAUCCUAAUACUUAGGUUGUUGCAAGUUGUAUAGAAGUCUUCUUCCUUUCAGUACUAAAAUCCUAUUUUUCCAUCUCCUGUUCUAGAUAUAGUAUCUCAAUUUGGAAUGGAAAUAGUCAUCCUGUAUACUGCACUCAUGUUAAAGAAAAGAAUUGUAGUAUAUCACCCCAGAUUAGAAGCCAUCCAGGAAUUUACAAGGUACAGCACCCAGGUGAACUAAAAAAGUUCACCAAGCAUGCUUCGUUUUGUUUUCAUUGAUCAUGAGUAUGGUCAUAUUCAUUAAUACAGGUAACUUGCAUCUUACACUUAUUUAACUUACAUGAUGGCAGCUUUGUGCAGGCAGGGGGUGGGAUAAAUAAAUAAAUGGAGAGCAAAUGAAACCUACUCUCCAUUCAUUUAUUUCCCCUCAACCACCUGAGCAGAUUUGCAAGAUUACUCGCUUUGAGAAGAAGACGUGACGGCUUGGCAGAGUCCUAGAGCCCUCCCUUCUUUCCAAAGGUAGGCAAACACUCGCAGGACUUUGGAGAGGAGGAAGGGCUCUAGGACCUGCCAGAGCCCUCACAUCCCCCUUUCCAAAGUUGGCUAAACACCUUGUGGUAGGGCUGGUUCCACAGGUUCCUGGCUUUACACGUUUUUGCUUAUAUGUAUGGAACCCCUGAAACUGAACUCUGACAUAAGAUGCAAGCUACCUGUAAUGGUCUAGUGCCAAUUCCUACAUAUCCAAAACAGCACCAUUCACACAAAUGAGGGAGAUACCAAAGGGCUUGGAGGAGCAGCAAUGUUUGUAGAACUUCAAAUAAUUUCUUUGGGGGGAGACCUUUGUGAGGGGAUGGGGAGACUCAAAAACAUCCUAAUGAGGACUGAGCAUGCCCACUAGCCCUGGAAUGCUGACUGGCUUUUAGAGCUGGGAUGAUGAUGGAAAAAGAUGGGUGAAAAAUGGAAUAGAGUAUCUUGCUAGUGGGCAGAGUUUCAGCUAGCCAGCCACAAGCAAGAGCACUCCAGCUGCAACAUUUUUUGUUGCAGGUCCAACUUGUGAUUUAUAUGCAGCAUUUUCUCUUUCUCUGUAUCCCAAACAUUAAACAACCUAUAACUUUCAGUGAUGUGCUUUGGUCUUCAUGGUUACAAAAGACUUUGAGGCACAGGCUAAGCAGUCUUCCUUGAAAGCUACUGUUGUAUUGAGUACAAUGUCAAUUGUGACUUGGUUAUUUUCUUAAGGACUCUACCAGCCUUAGUGUGGCAUCGCCAAGACUGGUCAAUCCUUCAUUCACAUGUACAUCUGAAUGAUGAUGAACUGGAAGCAUUAAAGACAUGCCCAGGUAUUGAUAAUGAAGGGUGGGUUCUAUAAACUGUUCUACACAAUAACUAAAUUCUCCUUUGUUGACCUGGAUAGGACCGAAAGAUGGAAUACUAUUAAUCUUGUAAUAAUCCUCUCUCAGAACUGUGGUUUGCAGAUAUUCUACUUUUCAAAUAUAGUUGUUUCUUUUUUGGUUGGCAAAUCACACGUCAGUAGCACAAAUGAGAUACUACUCAUUCUUUGUCCCAUAAUGCCACAUUGGCAAAUAUUGACUGAGUUAUUUUUCUGCGAUCCAAUAAUAGGUCCCAAUCCAGCAUCUCAAAAUUGCUGUUCUGAAGCAGUCCUUAAUUCCCUUUCUAAAGAGUAAUCAAUUGGUCCAUUUUUUUUACAACUCCUCUUUAAGCAUUGAUCAAAGAAAUUCUCUCAAUAUAUCGUGUUGUGUGUAGAGCUUUUCUAUUUUAUUUUGAAGUAAAAUAAUUUAAUGCAUGUUACAUAUCAUGUUGCUGGCCUCCCUUCUGGGAUUUUUCUGUAGAUGCAAUGAAUAGCAGAUGGAAUUCUGCACAUGCCUUUUUUUAAAAAGCAAUUUGACAUGGAAUUGGUAGCAAUUCCACACUGGUAUGCAGGUUUGAGAUGGUUAAAAGGCAAGGAAAUCACUGUGGUGAAAACAUUUUUUAAAAUUAUUAUUAAAGCACUUCACAUUGGAAUGUACUCGCUCAGUAAUCAUGGUAAAAAUUUUCCUGACCAGGUUAUGUUGCUGGAUUUAUAGACUCAGAAGUGAGCAACAGGCCAGACCUCUAUGAUGUAUAUGUGAAUCUGGCCGAAAGUGAAAUCACCAUUUCACCGCAAGCAAAAGGUUUGUUGCCUGAAUCACGUGCCUCCCCCCAUCCCUUGCAAGUUGCAGUUUGCACUUUGAUAGAUGCACAUUUCGGAAGAAUUUGGCGUAACUUCGUAAUGUUGAAAAAAAUUAUUGCACAAACUCACUCUUACGCAGUCUGGGUCCCAGGAUAUGUUCUGUUGUUUCCUUUAUCCCAAACGCUUUGAUUGGCAUGCAUUAAAGUAAACAUCAAAGGGAGAUGCUGUGGUUGCCAAAGCUAAUUUUGAACAAAAGUGAAAAUUGUAAAAGGUAUGCCAAGGCAGGCACCUAUGAAAUAGUAAUGAUAAUAAAGAAAGGCUAAAAGAAAACUGGGGAAUAUUAUUUUUUAAUGAGUGUGACAAGCCUGUGAUUUUCAUUGAUAAUGAAUGGAAACUGGAUAAAAUGGAUGGUAAUACUCACAAGGACGUGCCUUGACUGGAAAAGGAAAUUUACAGCAUAAUAGAAGCCAAAAAAAUCUAGAUUCUAAAAGUGGGUAGUAAGAAGGGUUCUGUCAGUGCAAUGUUUCUACGACAUACGCAGCAAAAAUAUGUUAACUCAGUACUGGUAUGAAGAAUCUGUGAUACUGGAGGUGAGAGUUCAUUUGUAUUUACUCUGUCUUGCUGUCAGGAAACUUUUGGCAUCCACUGACCUCAGUGCUUGUGACCAGAGCCAUAACAUAGUCUGGAACUGCACAUUACAGUAUUUUGCUGAACUAGAUAAUGGGAAAUGAAUGACAAAGCUUUUUCUCUAUCCCCAGAGGCAAUGACGAUGGGGAAACUCCACAAAGAAAUUGGUCAGCUCAUUGUUCAGUCCGCAGAAGAUCCUGAGAAAUCAAACAGUCAAGUUGUUAAGGUUAAGUUCCUUAUCUUUGGACUGUUCAAACCUUUCAUACAGUUCUGUUGCCCAGGAUGUUGUGCCUUUGCCUUUCUUCCUGAGAUGAGAAAACACUGGUUCAGAUGAUCUGCUAAAAGCAGAGUUUAGGUGACAGGGAAUGAGCUGGGCAAUGAACCUUGGACCAAAACACUCCUCCUCUGUAUGGGAGAGGAGAGUGAAAGCAUAAUUUUGGAACAAACUGCUGUUCCACAUUGCAUCCCACACUAGGAACAGCAGUUUGUGCUAACAAAAACUUCAAAAACUUUUUAAAAGCUUACGACAAACUCCCUCACCAGACUCCUGAGUAAGCAAAAAUGGGGGGAAAGGAGUUCCUCUUGUACAUCAAGAAUUAGUUAAGUAACAGGAAAUGGAAAGCCAGAAUAAAUGGACAGUACAGGGAUGUAGAGUAGAAGUCCCCCAAGGUUUAGUAUUGCAACCUCUGCUUUUUAAACUUUUUUUAUAAAUGAUCUAGUCUGGGGUGAGCAGUGAGGUGUCCCAAGUUUGCUGUUCUCUCAAAGAAAAGUGGGAAGUGUUGUUGGCACCCUCAUUUCCUGUUUGCUCUCUUUUAUUUCCUCUUUAUGUCUCUAGGAUAUUUCACUGAAGACGAAAGAAAUCUUGACGAACCUGGCCUCCUUCACAGAGGUCUUGCAUGAUGGAGAGAAGCCGUCACUUAACUUUGAAGCACUGAAGCAGAAGAGAUUUCCACCAGCUACGGAAAAUUUCCUCUAUCAUUUGGCAGCCGCUGAACAAAUGCUAAAGAUCUGAUGGGUGGACUUCAUACAGCGAUUCAAAGUUCUCUCUGCCGCCAUGUUUUCUGAGCAUCCCAUACCUACGCAGAACAUUCCGCAGAGGAAAGAGGGGGGAGUAAGGAUGUUGCAGGCUUGAGAUAAAACACUGCAGUGUGUAGCGGAAAACACUUCUUUUCCCCCCAUUUUUUUAAUUUAGGGUUUUCUACAAAAUGGGACAGAUUUCUUCUUUUUAAGGCAAAAUGAAAAGACAGCUUACAUAAAGGACACAAGUUUUUCUGUAUUAAAGUGGAAAAUUUGAUAAACCCUAUCAGCAUCCUAGUGUAAAGAAACAGGAUGCUGCAAAAGUGAUAAUGAAAAUAUGAAAGCCAUUAAAACAGACAAGAUAAAUCAUCUGUCUUAUGUAAACCAUUUAUAGUCGCUAAUCAAUGGGAGCCCAAAGAGCUGCACAAGAGUGGGGCCCUCUUUUUAUUUAAAUACCUAUUGGGGAGGGGAGCAGGAUUGCAUAGACUGGCCACAGAAUGUUAAUCUGCCUGCUAACUGCCUGUCUGGUAGCUUGGCUUUUAGCCUUGAUAGAUCCCUUUGCACUUACAGCUUUUCCUGGUGAUUAUGAACCCAUCAGUUCAGGGUUCCUGAUUACAAGGAAGAGUCCUGUGUCUAUAUAUACCUGUGCAUGUUUGUAGAGCCCCCUCUCAUUAAUUCUGGGUGCAUGGGGAGGGCUGAGCAUUCGGGGCAGUGAGCAUGAUCCCACCCCCGCCAAGAAACCCUUCAUGCAUUUGGUGGCAGAGGUUGUGCUAGAGUCAAGGGCUAUACCAUCAGUCUUAAGAGGGAAGACAAGAGCCAAAUUAUACAUUACGCACAAAUCUGUGUAUCUGAAACCCAUGGCUCCUGCCGUUGGGCAAAAGAAGCUGCAAGAAAGAUGGUACUGCCUCUUCCUGCUACUACUUCCCCCGUGGGGUGUCGAGAGAGGUUUGUAAGAGUAAGCAGGUACCUGAAACUUAGCAGGAUGGACCUAUCAUCUGGCAAAAAUAAGUCCAAUUAAAGUUGUCCCCGUCCCCCCCGCCGCCCCUUAAAGCAGCUGCCAUUGAGGUUUGAAUAUAUGUGUCUGUGUGUAAUAUGUAGUCUGGCCCCGAUCCCAAAGGGUUAAUUAUUACAAACCAAGAGUUUUGCAGAGAAAUAUGAGAACUGUUGAAGAGCCUCUGCAGUUGCACUUUCUGUACAAAAAAAAAAAAAAUCAUUUAAGUUCCUGGGCUUCGUAAAAAAAAAUAUGCCUUAGAACAUGGUGGGUGUAGGGUGGAAUUCAGCAUCACACUAUGGUGAACUUUCUGUCUGCACAAGCGUUGCAGAACACGCCAGAUGGAACAGUCCUUUCUCUCCUGCACAGUUUAGGGGGUGGUAUCCUGACCCCUCUACCCUUAAGCCAAUUUCAAGGGGCAAGCCCUGUUGCAGAAACUUUUGCACAGGGUAUCCGCUGAAUCCCACCCUAUAUACUUCUGUUAUUUUUAAAAGUUUGUACUUAUUUCUACUGCUAUCAUAUUUUGAAAUACUAUUCAAUUAUUUAAGUCAUGACUGUGUUCUAGCAAUAUCAAUUUCAGAGUCAUUUGUCUUCUACUUGUACUAUGACCUCUAAGGAACUUGAAUUAGGUGUUGUAGUAUGAAGGAUACAAAAAGAAAAUUAAGACAGCUAUGUAUACGUAUGAGUCCUAGAAUGUUUGUAGGUUGACUACCGCUCUUCUAUUUUCAGGGGGCCCAUCAUUCACUUUUGUAUAGAAAUGUUUGAGCUAACAGUGUGUAUAUCAAAAAGCCCGCUGAACAAAAGUUUACCUCUCCAGUUUUGGUGCAACUGCAUUCCUCCCAUAAAUUUCAAAACUGUAAAUGUCAUUUUGCUAAUACGGAUGAAGUACUGUGCAUUUCUUUUUGCAGAAAGUGUGUACAUUUUCUAUUAAUACAAAACAGCACCCAUAAAACUUGGGCCCAACUUAAAUGUGAUUCUGGACAUGUAAAAAGAAUGUAGCUUUGUGAUUUUUCAAGUUAUGUAUCAUUUAAAAUUAGCCUUCCAGUUUCCAUGUAUAUAAAAUGUUCUGGUUCUGGGACCAGCAGUGUCUGCAUAGGUAAGAGAGGC